CCCAAACUACUCUCAUGCUCUGAAAAUCUCCAAAACCCUAACCCUAGGCCUAAUUCCAACUGCUCGAAAAUGGAUAGCGACGACGAUCUGAUCUUCUCCGCCCGUAAAGAUCCGCCUUCUCCCAUUCAUCAGACCAAGCUCAGACGCUUGAAGAAAGCAUCCGGGGUGUCAAAACCGCCACCCGUUGAAACACAAGAUCCCAUUCCUUCGAUCCCAACAUCAGAUUCCCUCGAUGGUUCAGAUGCUGUGGAGCCCCAGAAAUCUCCAGAUCUAGAGAAACUGAUAGAUCAGAUUAAUCCGGUAUCCGGAUCGGAGGGUUUCAAUGAGGAAUCGGAAGUGGGUGCUGGAGGAGAAGCUCGGGAAUCAUUGGAUCUGGAAGCAGAAGAGGAACUGCAAGGUACGGCGGCUGCGUUUGAUGAAAAAGGAGAUGGUUCGAGCUUUGAAUUUGAUGGACCGAGGGAUGGUUUGAAUUUCGAGAAAUUCACGAAGAAACGGCGUAGUUCCAGAGAAGGGAAAGAGAAGGAGAGGAAAAAGAAGAAGAAGAAUGAGAGCAUUGGUGACGAAGGGAAGCCGCCCGAAGUAUCUGGACGGAACAAGAGAAAGCUUGUAAAGGAAAGGGAAGCAUAUCUCAACCUGAUCCAUGUUGAAUCACAGAGAUUGCUACGAGAAACUAGAGAUGCAUCCUUUAAACCUGUACCAAUUGUCCAGAAGCCCAUAUCUUCAGUGUUGGAGAAGAUCCGGCUUCGGAAGUUGGAGGUGUUGAAGAAGUCUGGAAUUUCUGAUGGUUCUGAUUGUCUUGUUGAUACUCACACUUCUUCGAGGGACCUAAAUGAGAAUUUUGAACCUCAUGUUAAUAAUGACAGCAGAGAGGAUAGUGAGACUGCAGAAAAGGAUGGAGGCAUGCAUGUUAUGAGUCCUGAGGGCUGUGAUGCAAAAUCAGCUGACGUUGAAGGGUUGGGUUUUCCUGAUUCUCUUUUGUCUCCUAAUGAAAGUACCCCCUCCAAUACAGGUUCAGCCAAGGAGUCUCAUGAUGCAUCUCAAAAUACAACCAAUGACACACAGGAACUUCUUCGUGAAUCCCAACUUAGUGAAGCAGAAGAAAAGCAGACCGAGGAUCUUGCUGAAAGUUCUCAAGAAGAAGAUGCUUUUACUCCAUCUGUCCUUGCUACAAACUUAAAACUUGAUUCUAUUCCUCCAGGUGAUGACUCAUCUGAUGAAGAAUAUGACGACAAGGAAAAUGUUGACCCUCAUCUGCACAAGGUGGUUGAUGUUGGUUUGCAUUCAAAAGGUGAUCCUGUUAAAGCUUUUGUAGAUGACGAGGCUGAGGAAGAGGAUGAUGGUGACAAUGAUCUGAUGCGAUUCCGAGAAAAUGAAGAGGAUGAGGAUGGUGAGGAUAAUGAGGAACUUGGUGAUUUGAUUGUGACUGGAUACAAAGAGAUGCCCAUAGAUAGUGAGAGACGUGAUGAACUUCAUCAAAAGUGGCUUGAACAGCAGGAUGCAGCUGCAACAGACAAUGUCUUGCAGAGAUUGAAUUGUGGUUGGAAACAGAGAGAUCCAACAUUGCUUUGUGAGGAAGAAGAUGAGGAAGAGUUGGGUGAGGAUUCUGCAGAUGAGUCAGUGGAUGUUGAGCUUCCAGAAAAUGUUGCCCGACAAAGUUCAAAAAAAGCAAAGCAGAUGAUUGCUCAGAUGUACAAUGAUGGAGAUGAUGUCUUUGUAUCUUCAGAUGAUGAGGAAGUAGAGCAAAGGCUAGUUCGUCAACGCCUUCUUGAACAAACUGAAGAACAGGCCUCAUUUGUAUCUCCAGUAGAGGAUGAGAAUUCCCGAGAAGUUUUUGGUCUCAUAAAGAAGCUGAAUAUUGUCCCUGACACCAAGAAGAGAGCAAAAACAACAUCAUCUUUCUUUGAUACACUGGUCACUGGAGGAAACAGCAAUAGCUCUUCGAAGUCAUCUUUUUUGGGGCGGUCCCAAAGCAGUUCUCUUCCAUCGUCUCACAAGCAAGGAUCAUCUGUGGUUCGAUCAUUCAUCUUUGGUCGUGAUGACAGCAAUAGCAGGAAUAGCUUCUCGACAUCUGAGCGUUCAGAUAUGGACCAGAAAGAAAACCGGCCCAUGAGGAAUGCCUCCGCGAAAUUCAGCAGUUCCCAGUCCAAAUCCACUGGCCACAGUGCAACGAUUAAGACAAAUGCUAGUUCUGGCACUUCCCUCUUUGAAAUCCUGCGGCAGUCUUCUAUGCACUCAGAUCAUUGUAUUCAGAGCGGAAAGCAAAGUGGCAGCCUCGAGAUCAGGCAAUCUCAAGCCCUCUAUCAAUUCACUGCAUUUAAAUCAUCGAAGAAGGCUAUCAAGGUAGAAAGCAAGAAUCUAAUGCAGGAAAGCUGAGUUACUCCUGCAUGUAGAUGGAGUCGUAGCUAUACAUCUCAGGAUUCAUGAGAGAAAAUGGUGGCGGUAGUUUGAAGCCAAUGGCCGACCCAACACAACCGCAUGGGACUGUCAAUGAGAGCACAACUCCUGGUGGAGUUGAAUUGCAGCUCCACAUCUACACUCUGAAAAUGGUUAGAGAAGUCUACAUUUCUUCCGUAAGAAAAUCCAAAAUCAGUCAUAGAUUAUUUCAUCUGAUGGUUCCAGUUUUCUGGACUGUGUUGUCAUGUUUGGAUUGGAAAUCAGUGACAAUCUCAGUUGAUAAGUGAAAGUUGUUGAGGGGCAUUUUGUUCA